AUGGCUAAAACUAGUAGCUACUUUUCUGCUUCGAAAUGUAUGGGUGAAAGCUCUAGUGCCCCUACUGACAUAGCACCAGCGGCAGAGAAGACAACUAUAGAACCCGCUGAUGUGAAUGUCGCAGGAGCCCAGGUAGAGGAAGGUGUCCAGUCCAGCACAUCUUCUGCCCAUACUGACAUAGCACCAGCUGCAGAGAAGACAACUUUAGAACCUGCUGAUGUGAAUGUCGCAGGAGCCCAGGUAGAGGAAGGUGUCCAGUCCAGCACAUCUUCUGCCCAUACUGACAUAGCACCAGCUGCAGAGAAGACAACUUUAGAACCUGCUGAUGUGAAUGUCGCAGGAGCCCAGAGAAUUCACACAGGGAAAAAGCCGUAUCUAGGUUCAGACUGUGGGCAUUGUUUUACUCACAAAUCCGAACUUAAAAGGCAUCAGAGAGUUCACACGGGAGAGACGACGUAUUCUUGUUCAGAGUGUGGGAAAGGUUUUACUCACAAAGCAGAACUUGAGAGGCAUCAUAUAGUUCACACGGGAGAAAAGCCGUAUUCAUGUUCAGAAUGUGGGAAAUGUUUUACUCAGAAAUAUUCUCUUGUCGUCCAUCAGAGAAUUCACACAGGGGAUCAACCGUAUUCAUGCUCAGAUUUUGGGAAAUGUUUUACUCAGAAAUCAGAACUUGAGAGACAUCAGAGAGUUCACACGGGAGAGAAGCCAUAUUCAUGUUCAGAAUGUGAGAAAUGUUUUACAAGAAAAUCGUUUCUUCUUUCACAUCAAAGACUUCACACAGAUGAGAAGCUGUAUUCAUGUUCAGAAUGUGGAAAAUGUUUUACUAAGAAAUCAUCUCUUGAGAGCCAUCAGAGAAGUCACACAGGGGUGAAGCCAUAUUCAUGUUCGGAAUGUGGAAAAUGUUUUACUCAUAAAUUAUCUCUUGAGACCCAUCACAGAAUUCACACAGGGGAGCUGUAUUCAUGUUUAGAAUGUGGUAAAUGUUUUACAAGGAAAUCAUCCCUUGAGAGCCAUCAGAGAAGUCACACAGGGCUGAAGCCAUAUUCAAGUUCGGAAUGUGAGAAAUGUUUUACUCAGAAAUCAUCUCUUGAGACCCAUGAGAGAAUUUACACAGGGGAGCUGUAUUCAUGUUCAGAAUGUGAAGAGUGUUUUGCUAGAAAAUCCGCUCUUAUUUUACAUCAAAGAUGUCACACAGGGGAGAAGCCGUAUUCAUGUUCGGAAUGUGGGAAAUGGUUUACUCAAAAAUCAUAUCUUAUUAAACAUCAGAGAAUUCACACAGGGGAGAAGCCAUAUUCAUGUUCAGAAUGUGGGAAAUGUUUUACUCAUAAAUCAAAUCUUCAGAAACAUCAGACAUUUCACACAAAGGAGAAGCUGUAUUCAUGUUAAGGAUGUGAUUGAUAUUUCGUUUGAAAAUUAGAUCUUCAACAUCAAAGAUGUCACAUGGGAAAUAAAAGCUGUAGUCGUGUUAAGAAUGUUUAACUCAAAAAUAUAUUGUUGGGCAUUAAAAAAUUCCCACAGGAAAAGCCACUUUCAUGCAGGGAAAUAUUUUACUCAUAAAUUAAGUUUUGAGAGAGAUCAAGAAUACACACAGGGGAGAAGCUGUAUUCCUGUUCAGAAUGUGGGAAAUGGUGGGCUCUGAAACCCAAUCUUCACCAUUAAAGUCAUCAUACAGGGGAGAAGCCAUAAUUAUGUACGGACGGUGGGAAAUGUUUUACUUACCAAUCGGAUUGUGUUAAACGUCAGAGAAUGCAGUUUUAACCCCUUCAUGACACUUGCCAUACAUGUACGGCAGGUUUUGGGUAUUUAACGACUUCUGCCUUAAAGAUAAAGUGAUUGAAAACUGAAUAAAAAACAUCAAAAAGUCACCUAUACCAUAAAAUGUUAUCAAUAGAAAUUGAAGCUCGCACCGCAAAUAAAGAAUCUUCACCCAGCCCUGUGGAA